CUGCGUACCUUUGGUAGAAAAUAAAAAAAUCAAACCAAAAAUGUCCGUUGUAGAAUUAUUAAGUUUUGAUAAUGUAGUCUUCAAAAGCUAUGUCUUCUGGGGUACUGUAAUGGUUACAAAAAUGUUGCUGAUGGGACCAUUGACUGCCAUCCAACGUUUCAAGACCAAGACUUUUGCCAACCCCGAAGAUUUGUUAACCAAAAAGGACAAGAUCAAAUUUGAUGAUCCUAAUGUUGAACGUGUACGCAGAGCCCAUCGCAAUGAUAUGGAAAAUAUUAUACCCUUCUUGGCCAUUGGUUAUUAUUAUGUCUUGACCAAUCCAUCUGCCGCUUUGGCCAUUAAUCUUUUCCGUGCCAUUGGUCUUGCUCGUAUUGUCCACACUUUGGUUUAUGCUGUCGUUGUUGUACCACAACCUGCCCGUGCUAUUUCAUUUUUUGUUGGAUUGGCCGCAACUGCCUUCAUGGCGGCACGCGUUAUAAUGUUUUCUCUUUAAUAGUUAAUUGUUAUUAUAAUUCGUAGAAAUAAUAAAUAAAAAAUUAAAUAACAAGGAAA